AUGGCGGGACGGGCCGAGACGCGAACCCCUGAGCCGCCCGACCGUGACGAACACGAAGCUUCACCCCCACGAUUGACGAGGCCGAGACGCACCACAAGACCACCGAAUAACUACACUCAAGAGCAAGAAAUUGGCACCGAGCAGAGAUUGACACGCGCCCAAUCGAAGAAGAAAUGCCAAGGCAAAGCAGUACUCCAACAUGACGCGGUAUCUUCGGACGACGCCUCGACGGAGAGCGAGGACUUGAGCGCUACCAAUCUCUUGAAAGAGCUCGUGAAGCUAAGGAAAGAGAUUAGACGACGCGACGAUGUGCAUAAGAACCUACAGACCCUAGCAGACAGAUCCCCGACACCGCAAGCCCUCUCUGAGCCUUGCUCCCAGAACGGCCACGAUGAGAUCCUUCGCGAAAUUCACUCCCUGCGUAUAGCAAUCAACCCGUCAGAUCCCGCCUCGGGAUCCCUAUCCUAUGCAGAUAUCGCCCGUACUCCCCUAACGAGUUAUCCGAGUAACCUGGUUAAAGAAGUAUCGGAGGCUAAAGUCGGGGCGGGAGCCCGGGUACUUCGUGACGAACUUCACCCGAUCAAAGUCGAUAGUGUGAAUAAGGCCGCGGUUCUAGACGAGAAGGCUUAG